AUGUCUUCUAGUAGCAGCUCUGCGCCUAGGAUUCAAUCGCAGCCGCCGCCUAGCACUGAUGAAUUCACUUUCACAAAGAAACCACAGAAUAUCCAACCAGCACCGCCCAAAUCACAUUCUAUACCACCUGAUCAUAAUAUCCUCUCUACUCUUCAUUCUCAUAUUCUUUUUCACGGCUUUCUCGCCGGUGUGGGCUCCGAUGUGACGAUAAAGGUCGCCAAGUGGCACAGACAGUACAAGCUACACAAGAUUAUCCUCACUCAGUCCACCUUCUUCAAUUCUCUCUUCCACGGCUCUUUUGCCGAGACCUUAUCCAACGACAAGGCCAUUGAGCUCACCUUCGAUGAUCCAAACAUCACCCGCAGCGCUUUCGAGUACUGCCUCGGCUAUCUCUAUGGCCGUGCUUCUCCACUGCUUCUCCAAGAGAGACUCAAGCCUUCGCCACGCUACCCUCUCACUCCCUCAUACCCCACUUUCGAUAUAUCCACAGAUACCGAUCCAGCCCUCGAAGACGCCCAGGUCGCCACUCCCGAGUUUUGUAUGGCCUUGGUAGCUACCUCGAUUUACCUCGGCUGUCCAUCCAUCGCCAACAAGGCCAUUAGCUUCAUCCUCGCAAGCAUCAGCCCUGUGAAUAUCACAAAGUUCCUCCGUUUCGCUCUCGGUGAGGGUCUCGGUUGCGCCAGGUGCUGGUAUGACGGGGAGCAGCAUCCCGCUGUUGGGCUGGAGCAGCUCGGUCAGCCCAUCGAGAAAGGUCUCGACACCCACAUCGAAGCUGCCGAGUCGGAGCAGACGCACAGUGGUCUCGCUACUCCCCUCUCAGCUUCCCAAGAGACUGCCAUUGAUGGUCUGUCCAUCCACUCCACCUCGGAUGACGACGAUGCGUCUUACGAGUACUCUACCCCUUCUUUCCACUACGGUGCUGCGUCCGAUAAGAUCGGCGAGGCGUGCGUUUGUUGGCUGUCGCGUUGGGCUCUGGACAUGAUAGAGAUCGAGGACAUACUAGUGACCGAGUCGGGCGACAUCAAGCACCCCAGCGGCUCCAUUCCUUUCGCUACGUGGUCCUUAGCAGGCAUACCAGCACGUUACAUCCGCGCUGUCGUGUCCUCCGAUGCGCUCUUCGUCCCUGGUGCCGAAUGGCAGCGGUACAAGCUAGCUGCGCGCAUAGUCGAGCUGCGUCGACGCCAAAACAAGGGUGCGCUGUCGUAUGCGGACGAAUGCGAAUUCGACACUAUGUUCGCAGAUGGUAUCUACUACACCCACAUGACUUUCGAGCAGCUCGCCGCUAUUCAGAAGGAGGUGUCACCUACUACCGCACGCCCUUACGUCCCUAUUCGUAUCCUUCAGCAGGCGCUCUGGGCGCAUUGUGAGCUGCGCAACUCGAUCGAAGCAUUCGCUCUAAGUGGUGCAGGCGCGGACAGAGAUUGCGACCUCGGUUUGACGUACAGCUCGUGGGAGAUUCGCGAGAAAAUUCGCACUAAGGAGGGCAAAGCUUGGUCAGAACGGCGUUUCUUUCCCGUGAACAAGGACAGUACAGACCGACUGGGUGAUGCAGCGUCUAUGUACAGCAGCAACGACGAGCUGAACAGAUAUUCACCGCCGAGCCAAAACCGCAACCAGAACCACGCACAGAGAGAAGAGAGUGAGAAUGACGAAGAUGCAUCGGGGCUUGCGGCAUCUACACACGACCCACUCGCCGGUGCAUCUCCAGGUUCGCAGCGUCGUCCGCACAGCGAAGCGGAGCUAUUCGGUUUGCAGAAGACGCACAGGAACGGUGGAGAAAUAGCGCGGCAGAUAGAGGCCGACUGCUUGAAUUCGGGUGAAGGCGAAGGUGGAGACUCGGCAUCGCUCGCUAGUUCAUCACCUACAGCCAGACGCGCCCAGGAGGAUAAGUGGUCCCUUGUUGAGCCCCUCCGCUUUGCCGUUGAGUAUUGGAUCAAAUCGGAGCUCGCGGCGCGGGAGAAGACCUUCUCGCAUGCUGUCUUCUACGCGGGUAGCUACAUCAAUACGUACAUACAGAUCAAUGAGCAGAAACAUAAACAUGGUAAUCAGCUGGGUAUUUACGUUCAUCGCCAGUCUAUGCAUGAACCUUUGCCUUAUGCGUCGUCACCGCCUUCGUCGCAUGGCAACAAUACUGCUUCUCCGCUGCUGUGUAGUGGUGGUGGGAGUGGUGGUGGCUAUAAUGGUAACGUACCUGUACCGCUUUCCCCCGUACCCACGAUGGAUACUCUCCUCAGAGUGAACAGUGCUGGGAGCGACGAUUCGAAUGGGUCGAACAAUCCACCUGCACAACCACAGCCACAGCCUCAGCCUCAAACUCAGACGCAGUAUCACACCCGCAACCACUCACACUCACAACCACACUCACAUCCAUACUCACAUCCAUACUCACACACUCACUCCCACUCACCACCCACCGAUACUGCCAAAGUCGGUCCAGGGAAGCAUUCAGGCAGUCAGAACGUGCCACACGCAGCGUACAAAGACCCACGCAAAACGCUGCGCGCUUUCUUCACUGUACAAUGCUCAUCCGGUAACGGCACGGCUUUUACAAAAUUCAAUAGCGCUCCUGAUAGCUUCACCACGUCACAGUCAUGGGGAUGGAAAUCUUCCGUACAGAGAUCGUCUGAGUAUCUUGCAAAUCAUGCAAUAGGUCCUGACGAGCAGCUGGGCGGCUUGAAUUCACUCAGAGCUGUUGUUACUGUGGGGCUGGUUUGA